AAGUGCGCUUCCCCUGAGCAAGCAGAGGUGCGUCCAGUGCAGUCCGCUGGCAUCGGUGGACUUCUAGUGCGUGGCGACUGAAGCCGAGCAGGCUGCCCGGUGCAAAAUCACCAGUUUGCACAGAGUUUGAUAAGGUGGGGGCUUUUGAGCACGCAUGUUUGUUUGUUUUUCCUUCUGAGCUGAAAUCAAAGUUUGGAAUUACUGCAAUUUUUCGAAAGUAAGCGCACUUUCGCUGACUGUAUGAAAUAGCUCUGGACACCUGGAGCUCUUUGUAGGGACUCGCUUGCCAUUUAAUAUGACCGCCGAGGCGCAUUCGCAUUUGGGACUGCAGAAAAACCCCAUGGAUUUCGUCAGCGACUUCGACUUGAUGAAGUUCGGCGUUAAGAAGGAGGCGAUGCAGGGGAUAGACCGCUCCUUCAUCGGGCCAUGCAGCCAGCUCCAGAGACCGGACUCUGUUUCCUCCACCCCUGGCAGCACGCCUUGUACCUCGGUACCCUCCUCACCAAACCUCAAUCCAAAUGAACAGCGAAAUAACCCCGGGGGCGACCAGUUCUGGAUACCCAACAAUGGGGGUUACCCUCAACCAAUGUACCCUCAAGCUUUUGGUCUGACACCCGAGGACGCAAUGGAGGCCCUAAUCGGCGCCACGGCGCAGCAGGGACACCCAUCUGUGCCCCACGGCCACCAUCAGCCACCUUUCCAAGCUGAAUACGAAGGGUACGGCCACCUCAACGAGCCUGUCCAGCACUACCCGGGACUCCCGGGUCACCCCGACAUGCAAGGCAUCCCCAGCAGUCAUUGCCAAGACCCUUAUCUCAAAGAUGACAUGAGUUGCGCGUCCCCUCAGUCGCCGGAGGACCAGGUCCUCGGUGCGCACCACCAGCACAGCCGCCACGACAGGCGAUCCAACGCCGAGAACCACUUCUCAGACGACCAGCUGGUGUCCAUGUCCGUCAGGGAGCUCAAUCGGCUCCUCAGAGGCCUCGGCAAGGACGAAGUGAUGCGUCUGAAGCAGAAGCGCCGGACCCUGAAAAACAGAGGUUACGCACAGUCCUGCCGUUACAAGCGUGUCCAGCAGAAACACGUUUUGGAGCACGAAAAGACAAACCUUGUGACACAGGUUGAGCAGCUGAAACAUGAACUAAACAGACUGAUGCGGGAGAGGGAUGCAUACAAACUUAAAUGUGAGAAACUGUCCGGUGCAAACUGUUACCACGAAACUGGGUCUACCAGUGACAACCCUUCCUCACCCGAGUAUUUAAUGUGAGUUUGUUAAUAUCUUGCAGAACAGAUUUUUUUUUCCAUGGGGAGGCACAAGGUUGACAGCUCGCCUUGCUAUAUCACUUAAAUAAUUGUAAUAGAUACAACUAGGCAACAUGUUAUUAAUGGAAAAUUACAAUGAAGCAUGCAUGCAGGACAUGUAUGAGAUGUUUUUAUUCUAUACAGGCAUAUCUGUAUUUUGUGUGAAAGGAGAUACUUGAAAUCAGAGAAUAUUCCUUUUUUAUUAAACUUUAGUCCUUGUGCUUCAGUUACUCCUCAAUCUUGAUUUUGGUGAUUUUGCUUUGCUUAGUUUUUGUAGCUCAAAUUAUAAUUUGUGUUCAUGCUUCCUUAAAGUAGAAAUCAUACGGAAAAGAAUUAUGCUAGAAGUUACAUUUCUAUUAUUUUUAUGAAGCUGAUUCUGCUGGACAGAUAUGUUCCUUAUUUGCUUUUCUUUUUAAGAUAAUAUAUGAUUAUGCAAAUUGUUUUUCAUCCACUAUGUCUUUAAUUUGCUAUGGAUCAAUAAACCUAUUGUGACUUUUUAAAA